ACUGGCGAGCGUCCCAGGCAUCGCUGCAGCCAUCCUAAAUAUAGCCCUAUACGUUGUCCGCCUGAACAUUUGUGAAGGAUACUACUGGAUACUUGUGUGUGAGGGAGCUUCAACACAACCAUCAACCAGCUGUUGUUCACUGAGCACAACCUGGAUGACUGGAGCAGCAAGGAUGCUAGUUACCAUGAAUUACUGAGAGCGGAGCUACAACCGCUUCCUUUUAGCACCAAGAUGGAGUCCUUUAUCUACCAACGGAAACCUGGAGCAGCUCGUCUGGGCAGGACCGCUAGUAUGACUGUCCCACAGAGCCCUGACCACGCCCAGGAGGGGGACAGUUUACCACGACAACGACGAAUCACUGUUGCGUCCUACAUGCCACAGUCCAAAGACCAGAAUGGAAACUUUCCAGAGAAGGACUCAGACACACAGGGAGCUAAACCUCUUGGAGAGUUCAACACUGAAGAAGUCUGCCAAUGGUUCAGCAGCAUCGGCCUGCACAAAUGCCUUACUUACAUCAGAGAGGCAGAGCUGUGUGGAGCUGAUAUAGCCUCAAUAGACCUGACUACCCUGGAGGUCCUUCACAUCGCCAGUCUGGAGGAGAGAGAGCAACUCCUAUCAGCUGUAUACAGAGAGCUACACCCACCCAGCACCACCUCACAGAGACUGGACUCACUGCUGGAAACCUUUGGUCAUAACAACAUAGAGAAAUUCACAGCGGCAGUGGUGACCAUGAGCCAAUCAAAGUCCUCUCCGCAUGUAAGCUGCCUCAACAUGAAUCAAAUGAAAUCCUUUACGUUCAGAUGCAAAAGCCCGAACCCUAUGAACCAGAGGAACUCUCUGCUGAUGGAGAUCACCAUAAAUGCGUCGGUGCAGACUGUCCACCUGCGGACCCCCAGAGAGAACACGGUGGGGAAGGUGAUGGAGUCCUGUCUUAGGAUGCUGGGAAUGAUUGAGGACAAGGACCUCUUCAGCCUCACAGACAAACCAGGUUCGUCAGUGGAGCUGUCACCAGACCAACAGAUCAUUGACUUAGCAAGCUCAGACAACAAACAUCUAGAGUUGUACCUGUGCAAAAAGUUCUCCCUUCUCUUGGACUGGGCCUGUUCAGGUCGUAAAAGGGGCCAGAAAGAGGAGGACGCCGAACCCAGACACCCAGACGGACCCCUGGUAUCCCCCCUCCACCGGCUAGACUCCAGACUGCAGAUGCCCCUGCCUGGACCAGUCCAACCCAGACAAUACCAGAGCAGCUCACUUUCACAGCUUUGA